AUGUGUGGGACAACGAAUCCAAUCGAUGUUCGCGGAGUGCCUUGCGCACUGAAACCUCAUCUCAACGAAGGUGUCGGCAGGAAGGUCCUUGGUUCCCUCUCUCAACAUGGAUGCCAGCGGAGCUUUCUUGACUGGGUCAAAAAUUUUCGACGUGACGAUCCAGUCAUAGAGAAAGAAGAGCUUUUGAUGUGUCCAAUGCUAUGGUGUCGCAACAGUUUCAAAGAUGUUGAUGCGACUGUGUGUCACGUUUUUACGUGCCCUCGCCUUUCCAAUGGAUGGUACUGGUGCCCGUACUGCAAGCGUCCCGAACGAUUUUUGGAGUGCGACAAGGGAUGCGAUAUCAUACUUAGACCCAGGCUGCAAAAGAGGGGAGCAAAGCUGGCCGUUACAUUCUUCAGGUGGCUGGGUCGCAGACGCUCUCUAAAAAAGACAGUAGAUACUGCUAGAAAAGUCGAAUUAGAGGAUACUGCUCGAGAUGAACGCAUUCGACGGGGCAGCUACAAGGGAGAGCUUGGCAAAGGCCGUCAGACCUUAGCACUUGACACAGAGAAGCCUGGCCUCUGUCUAUCAAAUCUCAGCCAAGGUUCCUCGCAUGCGCACGAUUUGAACACCAGAGCUGACGCUGUCUAUGCUGGAUGGGUGAAUGAGAAAGCCAAAUACCCUGGAGAUCGGUCAGGCGCGGCUGAGAUCACUGGUGGCGAUGUGUCUAGAUCAGAGCUCCCAUCACGACAACGAGUCAAUGUGCGGUCGCUGCACGAGAUGUUCGGCUCAACUCCGUUUGAUACGUUGGAAGCAGGCAGUGACAGCACCGACGAUAGAAAGCUAGGUCUGCAAGCGUUGGUGUCACCGCCGUUGAUUGAUAUGUUUGAUGCUUCUGUUCCAACUGACCUAGAAUUGCCAACCGUCGAUCCGGUCUAUUGGACGGCAGAGUUACGAGAUCGCGCUAGCUUCAACAUCGCUGAUGCUCACACCGUGACCUCAUUUUCGACUUCGCAGGAUCUGCAAGCUGACAGCGUUUACGGCCAAAACCACCCAAGUGCUGACACUCUUGGAGAAAGCUUUACCAAAUUUUCACAUUUCUUGGACGCGGACGCGGAUGGUGCCAGUAGUCCAUUCCACAACCUCCAUGAAGGAAUUGCAAACAUUUGUCCAAAUAUGCCCUCUCUAGGACUUGAUUUUCCAGGGCCACAAACUGCCUCUCCAAGCACACCGAGUCCAAGUCUGAUCUCCCAGCUGUCCAGCGCAGUGUCACUAAGUAGUCGAACCUCGACACUUAUAUCUCCCACGUCAAACCUUGGCUCUCAAGAUUCACGGAUCCGACAAGUCCCAGCCGUCAGUGCGGUAGCAAAUUUGGAAGAUGGCAUCAACGCUUGGAGGUCACAAAGCUCAACGCUUCCACCGCCAAAUUUUGAGGAAACGCAGUCACAAGCCCGUCUUGCUAAGCUAAGAGCCAACACCAUACCAGCCAGCGACUCGACUGGGUACCAUCGGUACUCAAGCAGUGAGCGCCAGCAAAUCCCCAUUCAGACACAAAGACUUGGCACAGAGGCCGACUACGACCAUGGACCCCAUCUAGGGGCCAACCCGGCACAAAUUCGAACCCAAGUCGAAGAGCUUCUAGGACUGGUACGUAUUGUCAACAAUGAGUGGAUGCAGAGGUUGCUCCCAAGCCCUGAGCUACACAUACGAUGCUCAUCACUGUCCGCUCGUACAUUGCUCGCAAAGGGCAUUUACACUUUGAAGAAUUGGCUUUGUGGAAAACUUGAAAGUAAUUUCGAAGAAGUAUUUUCGUUCAUGCACGUAGCCUUUGCCGCUGCCUUUAUCUUGCACCAUAAGGAUGAGUCGCACUGUUGGGAUGCUUUCUUCCAAGAUGCACUUCAGCUGCAGCACGCAAUGGUUGACAGAGAGGGUAAGUUUAUGUUUGUGACGGCUAUGGAUCGUUGGUGGUGGCUACCUGGUCAACAGAUACCAAAUUCCAACGCCAAUCCUCAUUCGCCAGUUAUCUGGAAUCCGUCUCAGGAACUCUCGAUUGGAGGCGAUCAGGCAGCAUUGCUUCAGGAACUGAGGAAUAGCAAAGUUUUCAGGGUCUGCACCGGCUUUCUCGAUGGGUUUGAGGAGGCCACUAUCAUGGAGAAAAACAGGUCAUUCCCUGGCGCUGCAGUGGCUGCAAGAACCGACCUUCCUAGGAUUGGCGAACUGGUUAAGAAGAUCAUCAGACCUCUUGAACAGAGAAAAGGUAUUGAGGCUUUUCAAGCCAAUCUAGCGAAUGCUAGCUUCGGUAUAUGUGGCGGAACUCUACGUGAGAUCCGUGAAGUAGAGGUCGUGUUGGUCUCCAGUGCCCGAUUUAGCUCCCAAGCUCUCGAAGUCUUUGAAAGAUUUCAAAAUGACGUGAUGACUCAGUGCAACACAGCUAUGGGCUCAUCAAAUCGAAUGUGGCGUAAUCAGUACUAUAUCGCGGAUCUGAAGGACAUCAUGGAUAUAUUGGGAGAACCGGAGAGGCACCAGGGCUUCGAUUUUGCUUCAAGAUAUCCGCUGAAUACUAGUGUCCUUGCAGUCAACUGCACUCAUGAGAUAUCCGUCGGAUCCCCUACCUCGCUGUCUUCGAGGAGUACUGGAGGUCUUACUGUCGGCUCCUCACCGAACAGUCUCGCAACUCGGACAUCUAUGGAUUUGUCCAAAAUGGACGAUGUCAGCACUCAGACGACCUCGCCAAGCGCGGCGUCUCAGGCUUCCACUCCACCUACGUCGUCAAGUUGCAGUAUCUCGACAUCAAAUGUGGAAAUAUGUCAUCUCUGCGGAGAAAGGUUCACAGGUGCACCAGCAAACGCAAGAUCGAACUUGACUCGCCACUUGCGGACAUCGCCAAAACACAACAAAGAUGCAGGUCUCAAGUGUCCCGAACUGGAUUGCCACGCGAAGCCCAAGAGAUCGGAUAACCUGGGGGGCCAUCUUAAGAGGAAACAUGGACUCACUUCACCAUCCGAAUUAGAGCAGGCUAUGAAGAAGAGCAGGGAGCUGAGUACUGUGCCAGAGAACGCUUGA